CUCAGCUGUGUGCUGGCACCGCCGCCCUUGUCUGGAGUACUUCGUGUGUGACUGCCUAGCAGUCUGAGCUUGGCACAUUGUUUCAGGGAUGGCACAUAGGCUUUUGCGACUGUACAUGUAUGGGUGGCUUUGCCACGACAAGCAGAUCAGGGUCGCAAGGCUGCAUUGUCUUCUGGAUCAAAGAAGCAGAUCGUUGGAUGUUUGGACAGGCAUGCUUGUCAUUGGUCUGUUCAGCAAAUAUGGUGAACUCAAAGGACAAGAACAAUCAUAUGUGGCGAGGAUACAGAGAGGGCAUUGUUGUACUGAAUCCCCAAUUGUGUCUGACCUAAUCACAUUGCACACAUGCCAACCUGCUCUUUUCUCUAUAGACCCUCGGUUGGGGCCACGCGCUGCAAUGCAUGAAAUAAAGUGCCCUGCAACUCUAGAUGCUGAAAACUGGAUCUAGCAAUGAUUGAAGGCGCCGCUCACUUUGCCUAUGAGGGUGUCCACUUUGGAUCCGGCAUGUUCUUUACUUUUGUUGAUACAGCCGAGCACUGUAAGAAUCAACGG